CAGCAUCAGUUUCUGCUCCGUCCUAAGCGGACCUUGGGUGAAGGUUUGGUUGCCAACUCCAGGACUCAGAAGCCUCCCCCCCCCUCCAUUUUGCCAGUCUAGGCCUUGACAGAAGAACUUGCAGCAGAGCAAGGAGAUCUACCGAUCUGGACUGAAAGUGACCUGAAGAGAUGGAAGAGCCGGAAUUAUCUGGCCCUGAAUCAGGAGAAGGACCUCCUACUAUUCAAGCUGGAAAGAGUGAGGAAUUCUGGGAGAGAUCCGCACCAGAGACCCUGAAUGAGGCCCCCAGCUCAGACACAGAGUGCCAGCACUUCAGGCACUUUCACUAUCUAGAGACUGAAGGGCCCCGAGAAGUUUGCAGCCGACUUCACCAUCUUUGCUGUCAGUGGCUGAAGCCGGAAAGGCACAGCAAGCAGCAGAUGCUGGACCUGGUGAUCCUGGAGCAGUUCCUGACUGUCCUGCCCCGGGAGGUGGAGAGCUGGGUGAGAGACUGCAGAGCAGAGACCAGUUCCCAGGCAGUGGCCCUGGCAGAAGGAUUCCUCUUGGGCCAGGCGGAGGCCCAGGAGAAGGAAGGGCAGAGGCUGUCUGGAGGAGCUGCUGAAUUUCCUGAGGCAGAGGAGGCUCCAUCAGAGCCCAGGCCGAGGUCACUCUUCAGGACGAUCCCAUUGGAGGGUGACGGAAGUGCCACCCUGAUGGUUGGUGGAAGGGCAUUACCUGCUUGUUCUGGGCCUCUUUGUGGUAGAGCGAAAACAUCAUUGGUGCAACCAGUUGAGUUUCCAGUGUCCUUUGAGGAUGUGGCUGUGUACUUCUCAGAGGAGGAGUGGGCUUUUCUGGAUCCGGGCCAAAAGACUCUGCACAAGGAAGUCAUGGCGGAGAAUUGCAACAAUCUAGCCUCUUUCGGAUUUCAGAUUCCCAAAACAGACCUCACCUGUGAGCUGACCGAAGGGGAAGAUCCAUUGAGUCGAGGCUCUGAGGAAGCAGAGAAAGUGGCAGAGGUGGAGAACGCAAGAAGAGUGAAACUGGACAGAAGGAAAACUAAAGCCAGACUUCCAGAGAGGAAGAAAUCCAUAAUGUCUGAAGGUUCUAAUUUCCAUGGAAUUCCAGAACAUUUUGUAGAAAAAGAAAGUCAUACAGCAAACAAAGGGAAUAAGUCUCCUGUACAUGCAAAGAGUUCAGGUCAUAAACCAAGUCUUCAGACAAUGGGGGGGAAAGGAAAUGGGGAGCAACCGCUGAAAUCAUCACUAUGUAUGUCAAGUUUGAGCAUCAACCUUGCGUUACAGGAUAGUUUAGACACAGAUGAAAAGCCACACAAAAAUGCAGGUUGUAGAAACAGCUCAAAUCAGAACAGCCUCACUCUGAAUCAAAGAAUCCACACUGAAGAGAAACCACAUCAAUGCUCAGAGUGUGGAAAGAGCUUCAGUUACAGCUCAAGGCUUGUUACCCAUCGAAGAAUCCACACUGGAGAGAAACCAUAUCAAUGCUCAGAGUGUGGAAAGAGUUUCACACAUAGCUCUCACCUUGCUUCCCAUCGAAGAAUCCACACUGGGGAGAAACCGUAUCAAUGCUCAGAGUGUGAAAAGAGUUUCACACAGAGCUCUCACCUUACUUCUCAUCGAAGAAUCCACACUGGAGAGAAACCAUACCAAUGCUCAGUGUGUGGAAAGUGCUUCACAUAUAGCUCUCACCUUGCUUCCCAUCGAAAAAUCCACACUAGGGAGAAAGUGUAUCAAUCCUCAGAGUGUAGUAAGAGCUUCACACAGAACUCAAAACUUGCUUCCCAGCAAAGAAUCCACACUGGGGAGAGACCAUAUCAGUGCUCAGAGUGUGGAAAGAGCUUCACAAAUCGUUCUAACCUUGUUUCCCAUCGAAGACUCCACACUGGGGAGAAACCCUAUCAGUGCUCAGAGUGUGGAAAGAGCUUCUGUUACAAUUCAAGCUUUGCUUCCCAUCGAAGAAUCCACACUGGGGAGAAACCCUAUCAGUGCACAGAGUGUGGAAAGAGCUUCUGUGACAACUCAAGCCUUGCCACCCAUCGAAGAGUCCACACUGGAGAGAGACCAUAUCAAUGCUCAGAAUGUGGAAAGAGCUUCACAAAUCGUUCUAGCCUUGUUUCCCAUCGAAGAAUACACACUGGAGAGAAACCCUAUCAAUGCUCAGAGUGUGGAAAGAGAUUCUGUGACAAUUCAAGCUUUGCUUCUCAUCGAAGAAUCCACACUGGGGAAAAACCAUAUCAAUGCUUAGUGUGUGGAAAGAGCUUCAGUGACAGCUCAAGCCUUGCUUCCCACCGAAGAAUCCACACUGGGGAGAGACCAUAUCAAUGCUCAGUGUGUGGAAAGAGCUUCAGAAAUAGCUCUAACCUUGUUUCCCAUCGAAGAAUACACACGGGGGAGAAACCCUUUCAAUGCUCAGAGUGUGGAAAGAGCUUCUGUGACAACUCAAGCCUUACUUCCCACCGAAGAAUCCACACUGGGGAGAGACCAUAUCACUGUUUAGAUUGUGGAAAGAGCUUCACUCACAGCUCAAGCCUUGCUUCUCAUCAAAAAAUCCAUACAGGCAAGAAAUUCUAUCAAUGCUCAGAGUGUGGAAAAAGUUUCAAUUGCUGCUCAAGGCUUGUUUCCCAUCAAAAAAUCCACACUGGGGACAAACCCAUAAAUGCUUAGCCUUACAAUGUGGAAGGAGUUUCAGUGGCAACUCAAAUUUUGCUUCCUGUUGCAGGAUUCCCAUAGGUGAGAAACUAUAUCAGUGCCCACAGUGUGGAAAAAGUUUCAGUCGCAGCUCAAGGCUUGCUUCCCAUCGAACAGUCCACUCAGUGGUGAUGGUAGAGAGUGCCCUGAAGUCAGAGUUGACUUAUGGCAACCCCUGGUGAGGUUUUCAUAGCAAGAGACUAACAGAGGUGGUUUGCCAUUGUGUGCCUCUGCAAUCCCAGUCUUCGUUGAAAGUCUCCCAUCCAAUUAUUACCCAAGUCCAACCCUGCUUAGCUUCUGAGAUCUGACAAGAUUAGGCUCACCUGGACUAUCCAGAUCAGGGCCCACUUAUCAAGGAAUUAUCACUGGGAAGAACUAUGUGAAUGCUCAGAAAGUGGAAAAAGCUUUCGUUUCAGCUCAACCCUUCCUUACUGUGACAUAAUCUAGACUCAGGAUAAGCCAUAUGGUAAUGACAAUAACAUUAGAUUUAUAUAGCAAAGAGUCCAGUAGCACCUUUAAGACUAACCAACUUUAUUGUAGCAUAAGCUUUCGAGAGCCACAGUUCUUUUCGUCAGAUACAGUAUAUUCGAUUUAUAUACUGCCCUUCAGGACAAUUUAACACCCACUCAGAGCGGUUUACAAAGUAUCACCACAACAGUAACCCAGUGAGGUGGGUGGGGCUAAGAGAGCUCUGAGAGAGCUAUGACUGACCCAAGGUCAUUCAACUGGCUUCAAGUGGAUGAGUGGGGAAUCAAACCUGGUUCUCCAGUUUAGAAUCCCGGUGCUCUUAACCUCUAUACCAAAUGUUCAGACUGUGGAGAGAUCAUCCAUCCCCAUUUCCCAUCAAGGAAUCCACACUGGGGAUAAUCUUUUGCAUAGAAAAUGUUCAACCAGACAUCUGAG